CUAGAAUGUGGUUUGGACGUACCCGAGUGAACGUUGUUUACUGCUGCGAAGGCUGUAAAAAAGAUAAAUGUUAAAACAACUUAACAAUGGAAGAAUCGGUGGUUAUGUGUUAGCAAGGUAUUAAUGCAGGACUGACUGCAGAUGGAUACCACAAAAUCUCACAAUCAAAACAGUGCUGAAGAUGAACUCCCAUCUCUGUUGUGGGGGUUAGACCCGGUGUUUUCGGCCUACGCCAGGCUUUAUAUUAAAGACAUACUACAGAUGAGAGAAUCCAGACAAGUUCCAGGAAUCUACUUCUAUAAGACUCAUCCACUGUUCCAGGUUGACAUGUUGGGCACUGUUGUAUACAGACGGGAAAGAGAAGACUUUUACUGCUAUGGAGUGGAUGAUAGUACUGGAGUCAUCAACUGCCUAUGCUGGAAAGAUAAGAAAUGGCGAGACCAUGGAGACGCUGUGAAGGCUACAGGUAGAGCUGCUGGUGGAGGCUUUAAUGUGGAGGACCAGUUAAGGAAGCUCCAGGAGGAACAGAGAAGCAGUUCACUGCUGGAGAUCGGAGAUCUGCUCCGAGUACGUGGUUACCUCAAAACCUCCCGUGACCAGAGGGAGAUCAUGGCCUCCUCUUUUUAUAAAGUGAACGAUCCUGUUAUGGAAGUGCAGAUCUCCCGCAUGUUGGAGAUGCCUCAGCUGUAUAAGGACUGCUACAAUAAACCCUUUCACGUGCCUUCCAGUGAGCUCAAUGCAGGCAAUACAGAUACUGGCGGACCCUCAAAUUUUCAGUCAUUGCUAGGUCAGUCUGUUCACAUCCUAAAGGAGUUCCUGAAAGAGAAGGAGGUUUCCAGGUUUCGACCUUAUGAUGUGGAGUACCUCUUACAUCCACUCAUCCAACGGUCUGUCCCAGACACAUCAGUGCACGAGGAGUCAAAUUCUGCAGGGCCAGCAAUUUCUACACAGAUCAGAAACCUUCUCAAAGAAACCUUGAAGCUUCUGCAAGGCGAGGGGGAGAUAUUCCGAAAAGUCCUGUCCCAGGAUGAGGUUUACAACGUAACUGAACAGGAUAAAAAUCUGCUUGCUGCAAUAUGUGAUGUAUUAAGAGAAGACUGCAAAAAAGAGAAAUAUGCUGAGAAAGGUUGCCAUGUUCUGCACAUUUUAUCCAGCGUAAGGCAGCGUUACAGCCAAAACCUAAGCAAAGAAGCACUGGAGGUUGCACUCAAGUUCUUAGAAUGUAACAGUGACAUUAUCAGCACUAUGGACUCCCAUUACACUGUUUUAUAAUAAUGUGUUUAUGUAAAAUUCUCUCUCAUGCACACACUGAUCUGGAAACCUCCAUCAUGUCUAAGCAAUAAACAGUCCAAUUUAGGUUUUAUGGAACUGUAUGGUUAAAGUCUGGAAGAUCUGUACAUUUUGGACAGCUGUUAGAAACCUUUACUCGAGCAUGUAUGCUAUUGACAGAUGGUCAUCUAUUUUGUCUUCCAUUUUUGUUUGCCUGAGGUUCAACAGGAACCAAUUAUGUGUAAUUUUAGUGACUGUCCUAAUUGGGGCGUAAGGCAGGUAAUCAUGUUUAAUUAUCAUACAAUCCAGUUUAAUCUGUGCCUUUUAAACAACCACACCCAACGUGAUAACGUGCCUAAAACCAAACAUAAAGCCAUUUAUGACACACUUUCAAACAUCAGUAUGAGAACUGUUUGUCAAGAGCUUUGGAACAAACCUACAACUAGCCUUAAAUGUAUUUUGCUAUCCGUCCACUAAUUUCAUUUUGUUUAUUUAUAAUCAUGGGAAAUAUAUUAAAAUAAAAGUAAUUUAUUUCACGAUAAAAAUUGUAUUUGCAACGCAUGGCCACAAGGCGGCGUGAUCAGCAAAUCAGUUUCAAGUUCUUGAGAACAUCUGUAUCCAUGCAGUUUUCUAAUGCUGCCAUUCUAUUGGCAGCAAUUUAAUCCAUACUGUAUGUUAAAAACGAUUCAGCUUGGGUUUAGUAACUUUGUUUACAUUAUAAUUAGAUUAAUAAAUGAUCUUGUACAAAUAUAUAAUUAUAAUUUAUUAUAAUAUUAAUCAUCAUAUUCUGUCUUAUCAGAUUUUAAGAUAUGCACAUCCAAAUGUAUUAUAAUUUUUAAACUUUAUUGUAUCAAAUAGAACACAAACCCACUCAUAUCCCAUAUACAUACAUAUUUAUAUACACCGAUCAGCCAUAACAUUAAAACCAUCCCCUGGUUUCUACACACACUGUUCAUUUUAUCAGCUCCACUUACCAUAUAUGUUCCUGUGGGGGUCCUGGCCAUUGAAGAACAGGGUGAAAGCAGGCCAAAAAGGUAUAUAGAGAAAUAAAUGGACUACAGUCAGUAAUUGUAGAACUACAAAGUGCUUCUAUAUGGUAAGUGGAGCUAAUAAAAUAUACAAUAUGUGUAGAAACAAGGAGGUGGUUUAAAUGUUAUGGCUGAUCAGUGUAUAUACAUACCAUUCAUUAGGUAAAACAUUUGUAAUGAAUGGAAUCAUUUUAACACGUUUUCACCGAGAUUGUGUGGAUACUAUUCAAGCACCACCAUUUCCAGGUUUGCUUCUGUUUGGCCCUUGAGCACGGCCCUCAACCCUCAAUUGCUUUGUUACAAUUGUAAGUCGCUUUGGAUAAAGCGUCUGCUAAGUGCUGUAAAUGUUUGUUUAUUUUGAGCAAUUUGAAUAAAAACUAAAAAUGAAGAA